AUGAUGCCGUCUUCUGACCCUUCGAAGAAGGCUAUCCGAAGCCAAGGGAGCUCGGGGAGUGGCGGGUCCCAGAACACGAGGACCUCCUCCGGUGGCAAUGGUCAGGCAGUUAAGUUUGCGAGGAGAACAUCAAGUGGAAAGUAUGUGACCCUUUCAAGGGAGGAUCUUGACAUGUCAGGGGAAUUUUCAGGGGACUACAUGAAUUAUACCGUGCAUAUUCCUCCUACACCCGAUAAUCAACCCAUGGAUAGCUCAUCCGUGGCAGCUAAGGCCGAGGAACAAUACGUGUCUAAUUCCUUGUUUACGGGUGGCUUCAAUAGUGUCACAAGGGCUCAUCUUAUGGAUAAGGUGACUGAUUCUGAUUCAUGUCCUCCUGAUCAUGUGGCUCGUGGAAAGGCAGGUUAUUGUCAAAUGCCCGUGUGUGAUGGUGCGGGCAUGAAAGAUGAUCGUGGAAAUCGAGUCUACCCUUGUGAAUGCAGAUUUACAAUAUGCAAUGAUUGCUUCAUCGAUGCUCAAAAAGGAAGUGGAGUAUGUCCAGGAUGCAAGGAACCCUAUAGACUAGAAGACUACGAUGAUGAACACCCGGAUUUCUCUGGUGGAGCCCUCCCAUUGCCAGCUCCAAACAAGGGGAAUGAAGACCGACGCAUGAUGAGCAGGAAGAAAGGUGGUGAUUUCGACCAUAACAAGUGGUUGUUCAAUGAGACACAGGGGACUUAUGGACAUGGGACAGCUUAUUGGCCACCCGAGGAUGCUUAUGAUGGCGACGGUGAUGGAAUGAGUGGUGUGCUUGAAGCUGCUGAUAAGCCUUUUAAGCCUCUUAGUAGGAUUAUUCCUAUUCCUAGUGGCAUCAUUAGCCCUUACAGGUUAUUAAUUGUGAUACGUUUGGUCUUUUUAGGCCUAUUCUUAGCAUGGCGUGUAAAAAAUCCAAAUGAGGAAGCAGUAUGGCUUUGGCUAAUGUCCGUUAUUUGUGAAAUAUGGUUUGCCUUUUCUUGGCUUCUUGACAUUAUUCCUAAAAUAUGUCCUAUAAACCGGUCCACGGACCUCCACGCCCUAAGGGAAAAAUUCGAGUUACCUUCCCCAUCGAACCCAACCGGGCGGUCUGACUUACCUGGUGUUGAUCUUUUUGUCUCAACCGCAGACCCUGAAAAAGAACCGCCCCUUGUGACGGCUAACACCAUCCUUUCGAUCUUAUCGGUUGAUUAUCCAGUCGAGAAGGUGGCAUGUUACGUGUCUGAUGAUGGUGGCGCGCUCCUAACGUUUGAAGCAAUGGCUGAGGCAGCUAGCUUUGCUGAGUUGUGGGUGCCAUUUUGUAGAAAACAUGACAUUGAGCCUAGGAAUCCGGAGACUUAUUUUAGUUUGAAGGGUGACCCUACUAAAAAUAAGCUACAACCUGAUUUUGUUAAAGAUAGGAGGAAGAUUAAGAGGGAAUAUGACGAGUUUAAGGUUCGAAUUAAUGGGUUGCCUGACUCUAUUAGGAGGCGGUCUGAUGCUUUUAAUGCUAGGGAGGAAAUGAAGAUGAUGAAACAAAUGAGGGAUAGUGGUGGAGAUCGGUCCGAACCAAUUCGAGCCCAAAAGGCUACUUGGAUGGCUGAUGGAACUCAUUGGCCUGGUACUUGGGUUGUCCCUGCUGGUGAACAUGCUAAAGGUGACCAUGCAGGAAUCCUUCAGGUAAUGUUGAAGCCACCACCACCAGACCCGAUAUUGGGAACACCAGAUGACAAACUUCUAGACUUUUCUGAAACUGACAUACGCCUCCCUAUGUUCGUGUACGUGUCACGUGAAAAGAGGCCAGGGUAUGAUCACAACAAGAAGGCUGGAGCUAUGAACGCGUUGGUGCGGUCAUCUGCCAUCCUCUCUAAUGGCCCAUUUAUCCUUAACCUUGAUUGUGAUCACUACAUUUACAACUGUAAGGCCAUUCGUGAAGGUAUGUGCUUCAUGCUUGAUCGAGGGGGUGAAGACAUUUGUUACAUACAGUUUCCUCAGAGGUUUGAAGGCAUUGAUCCUUCUGAUCGAUAUGCUAAUCGAAACAACGUGUUUUUCGAUGGGAACAUGCGUGCUCUAGACGGUCUUCAGGGUCCAGUUUAUGUGGGCACUGGUACUAUGUUCAGGCGAUUCGCGUUGUAUGGUUUUGACCCACCAAAUCCAGACCGGAUAGCAAACAGCAACAAAGAUUCGGAGACCCAAGCACUAACUUCUUCGGAGCUAGACCCGGAAUUGGACGUGAAUUUGCUGCCUAAGAGGUUUGGAAACUCAACAAUGCUAUCAGAAUCGAUACCCAUUGCGGAGUAUCAAGGGCGUCCCUUAGCUGAUCAUCCUGCAGUUAAGUAUGGAAGGCCUCCGGGUGCUCUUAGAGUACCUCGCGAGCCCCUUGAUUCUAGCAUUGUUGCUGAAGCUGUAUCUGUUAUCUCUUGCUGGUAUGAAGACAAAACAGAAUGGGGAGGCAGAGUAGGAUGGAUUUACGGCUCAGUAACAGAAGACGUGGUAACCGGCUAUCGGAUGCACAACCGUGGGUGGCGCUCAGUCUACUGCAUUACAAAACGAGACUCCUUCCGAGGGUCUGCUCCAAUUAAUCUGACAGAUCGGCUACACCAGGUGCUGCGGUGGGCUACAGGGUCAGUAGAAAUCUUUUUCUCAAGAAACAACGCCUUCUUAGGAACUCGCCGCCUAAAGCUGCUACAGAGGUUGGCCUACAUUAAUGUUGGGAUAUACCCUUUCACCUCUCUUUUCCUCAUUAUGUACUGCUUCCUCCCGGCGCUGUCACUUUUCUCCGGGCAGUUCAUCGUGCAGACGCUUAGCAUUACAUUCUUGAUAUACUUGCUGAUCAUGACGCUGUGUUUGAUAUUUUUGGCCAUUUUGGAGGUGAAAUGGUCAGGGAUCGAGUUAGAGGAGUGGUGGAGAAAUGAACAAUUUUGGCUCAUUUCCGGGACUAGUUCUCAUCUUGCUGCUGUUAUUCAAGGCCUUCUCAAAGUUAUUGCAGGUAUCGAGAUCUCAUUCACAUUGACCUCAAAGUCAGCAUCAGAAGAUGAAGACGACGUGUUUGCAGAGCUUUACCUAGUGAAAUGGAGUUCAUUGAUGCUCCCACCCAUAGUAAUAGCUAUGGUAAACAUAAUAGCAGUAUGCUAUGCAUUUGCUAGGACCAUAUACAGCUCAGUCCCAUCAUGGAGUAAGUUCUUGGGCGGCGCGUUCUUUAGUUUCUGGGUGUUGGCUCAUCUGUACCCUUUUGCCAAAGGUUUGAUGGGAAGAAGAAGGAAAACACCUACAAUUGUGUUUGUUUGGUCAGGACUAAUUGCCAUCACAAUCUCUUUACUUUAUAUUGCUAUAAAUCCACCCUCAGUUUCUUCUCAGGGUUCAGGUGGUACAGGCUUCACAUUCCCUUGAUACAUAAAUUUACAUGGGAUUUAUUUUUCAUUCACAUAAUUUGUGAUUUUUUGAUGAAUUAGAUGUAACAUAGAACAAUAGAUUUAGGUGUUUUUUUAUUUUUUUAUUUUUUCUGUUUGGUGUACAAACUUAAAAGCUGUUGUAACAACCCUGUUAGAUGAUUGAUGAGUUGCUACUCUAUUAUUGGUUUUAUGUUUUCACCAAAGUUCCAUUGAAAUGGUUAACUCUGAGUUUGGUUAAUAAUUUUGGUCGUAGUAAUAAUGAGCAAUGAAAUUGCCCUUGUAUAGUCGUUAUAUUUUUUUUUUUUUUUUAUAUAGAAAGAAUGUAGCGUACACAAUCAUGUAAACACAUUCUUCUGUGCUCAUUUGGGGUUUCUCCUAUCCUCCCAUUUUUGUAAGCAAAUAUGGGACGAAAAUAAAAUUUUUAUCAUAUAAGUGUACAACCGGUUAUACAAUACAAAUUGCUCUUGUUGAGCACCAGAGAGGCAGAGAUAUUAGGUGCAUGAAGUACACUUUCCCUUGUUGAGUGAGUGAGUGAGUGACAGUUUGGUACUUAGACAUUUACACACAAUAAGAACUAGGGGUGGGCAAAAAAUCCGAUCAGAAAAAUUUGAUAUUCGAUCUGGUUUUUUCAAUUUUGGAUAUUUCGAAACGGAUAUCUGAAAAUUUUCCCUCGGAUUCGGAUCACGAAUCUAGAAAAAUAUUUAUUGAAAUAUUUUGAGAGAUCUAGUAUAAUGCUUAUUUUUCUUUUUAAAGGGAACUAUAGUAUAGAACUAGGCUUUUUAUUUAUUUAUUUAUUUAUUUUUAUUUUUAUUUUUUUUAAGGAAAAGUAUAGAACUAGUAUAACAAACAAUAGUAGUGACAUUCACAGAUUCUUAUAUGUGGCUAUGUGGCCAGCCAUAAUAAUGGGGGGUUACUUUGUUAGUGUUAUACAGGUUAACCGAUCAAUGUUUAGGGGUUACUUUGUUAGUGUUACAGGGAUUACCUCCUUAAUGUUAUAGGAAUUACUCGAUCAGUGUUACAGGGGUUACUCGGUCAGUGUUACAGGGAUUACUUUGUUCUUUUACAAGCGGUUAUACGAUGUGGUCAACCGCACACAAGACGCGCUGACUUACAUUAUUUAAUUUAUUUUUUUUGGGUGAUGAGGAAUUUGAAUUGUUCAUAAUGCCGACCUUAAUUAAAUCAUCAUUAAGUUAAUUAGUACCAUAAUUGUGCUAAUCUGUCAUAAUCCCAUAUGUGAUGCCGCUAAUAAAGAUUUCAAAUCUUUGAAUUAAUGAAGUGAUCAUAUUAUAUAUGUGCAAAACUUAACUUGUUCUUAUCUUUCUGCGUUUCAAUAUUCAUAUUUUUGUACAGGGGGCGUCACUCGAGGAUUAGACUUAGCAUCUAAGGGAGAAAGUCAAAUGUUGAAUCAAUAAUUAUACUAAGCUUGAAUUGAAAUAAUUUGAGAUUAAAUUUAAACUAGUUCUACUUAAUAAACUAAUCAAGAAUUUGCGUGACUGGUUAGCAGGUCCUCCCCUAUAAAUACGGGCACCUAGAGCCCAUACGAUACACACCUCAAAGCUAUACACUACUACCUCAAAAUACAAUUCAAGUUAAAAAAAAAAAAA